AUGACCGACCGCCGCCGUAUAAAUGGGCCCUCGGAUGGCACAACUCCUAUAGUCUACGCCGGCGUACCCAAGGCCAAGCAGCUCCCGCCCAGAGCUCCAGAUGCUCUGCGAAAAAUAUUCCUCAAGACCUCCCUUACCCCACCUGCCACGGGCUCCUCCUUCCUCGAGCUCCCCUCCCCCGCCCCCGCCGGCACCCCCACCCUCAAACUCACCGCCUCCGUCUACGGCCCUCGCCCACUCCCGCCCAGCGCCCCAUUCUCACCGCACGCCCGCCUCACCGCAGAACUAAAGUUCGCGCCCUUCUCCACGCCCCACAAGCGCCGCGGCUACGUGCGCGACGCCGUCGAGCGCGACCUUUCCGUCCAGCUCCAGAACGCACUCGUAAAAAGCAUCAAGACAGCAGCGUACCCGAAGAGCGGCAUCGACAUCUUCAUCACGGUUCUGGACUGCGAGGGCGGCCUGGACGGCGACGAUGACGACGGGGUGGAGGUCGGACUCAUGAAUGUGCUUGCGGGCGCGAUCACCUGUGCGAGCGCUGCGGUGGCCGACGCGGGCAUCGAGUGUGUGGAUCUGGUGUCUGGUGGGGUUGCGGCGCUGGUGAGGAGGGCGCCUGCUGGGGGCGAUGCGAUGGAUGUGGAUUUGCCGGCGCCGGUGGUGGUUCUGGAUCCGAGCCCCGCGGACGGCGGGCAGGUUGUAUCGGCGGCGGUCGUGGGGUAUAUGGCGGGGAGAGAUGAGGUCACGCUGCUCUGGACCAAGGGGGCUAUGGAGACGGCGGAUCAGGGUGGGGAUGAGCUGGAUCUGCUGAUGGAUGGGGCAAUCACGACUGCGACGGCUGUUAGGCUCGUGUUGAACGAGGCGGUGAAGGAGAGGCUGCUGCUGGGGAUUGCGAGGAUGUGUAUUAUUAGACCACCAUGA